AGUGUUCUGUGUGAAUAAAUUCACAGAAAUGUAGAGAAAAUCAUUCAGGUUUGACUUUCGCAGUGAAGGGAUUAUGUUUGACAAAAAAUUUCAGUAAAUACAAUUCAACUAAGAUGUGUUUAAUAUAACGUUAUGGUGCUCCUGAAGUAUGCGUACCAAGAUGAUGGACACCGGAAUGUAGUAUGUGUACCAGGUUAGGGUUAGGCCAUAAUUUUAUUCCAAUUUUGCUCAUUUUAGUUCUAUUACUAGUUCAGAGACUGGCCAAGAGACUCCUGUAGUAUUUGUACCUAAAAUUAUGGUCUAACCCUAACCUGGUACACAUACUAUGUUCCGGUGUCCGCCAUCUUGGUAUGCAUCCUUCAGGAAUACCAACAUUAUAUUGUUAAUAUUUCAUUCUUUUUAAAAAACUUAGAAAACAAUUUGAAAUAUAUUUAGCAAGGCACUAAAAGAUUGAAAUUUCCGACAAAUAUGGUGGUACAUCAAUCUAUCGAUAAAGACUUACGAGUUGAUCUCUGCACGACGAAAGAAGAACGUGAAGACUUUUAUAAAAUAGCUGGGAAAGCAUUCUAUAAUUCUGCAAUAUCAUACAGAUAUUUACCAGACAAAGAGAAACGGAAAUUGUUUUUGCCAGCGUAUAUUAGAUAUGCGCAUGAGGAAUCACUGAAACAGGGUAAAGCAAUUCUCAUGGCUUUGAAGAAAAAAGAAAACACAAGUGGGAAGGAAAUUUGGAAAACUGUGUAUACAGGAUUGUAUGAAUUUGAUACAACUCCUACUAAGGAAGCCGAUGAUACGGAAAUAAAAAUGAUAUACAGGGAAGGUGCUGAAGCAAUGAUAAAAAGAGAUCAAUGGCUAGACUUAGCUGUUGAUAAACCAAUUCGUGAAAUAGCAGCGAACCUCGGAACGGUCGCUUGGCGAUUAGCACGCCAUGCAAGAAAUGUGGAGUACAAAUACCAGAAUUAUGGAUUCAAGUACAUCUCAUUUAUGACAAAACUCGCAUACGACUUCGGGCUCAAGAAGUAUACUGAAUCUGAUGGGUCUCCCUUUAGAAUUCCACCAUUCCACUAUAUGCCAUAUAUAGAUACGUUUCCAGAAGCUUUGCAAUUCGCGAAAAAACUGAACUAUGUUCAUGAAGUUGUUCAUAAGCAUUAUAAUUAUAAAUCAGGAUUGAAGUGUGUUAACGAAUCAAAGGAAAAAUAUGAGAAAGGAAAGUAUUCGUGUUACUAUGUCUUUUUGCACAAGGAUAUCAAUCCAGUGAUAAAAGAAGCAUUUGAAAAAAGGUUUAUCAAAGCCAAACUGUAAAGUGAAGUGUUCAUAAUGGGAGUUUAAACAACUUCAUAUUGAUGAUAUCGCAUAAUAGACUAACAUUAAUUAUAAAAAUAAACUACCGUAUAUCACAUUUUUUCCAAAAUCUGUAUUGUAAAUCUUUUCAUGAUUUUCAUAUUUUUUACACCAUAUCGUACCAUAUCUUGCUUGACUUUAUUAAUCACUUUCUUAUGUAUACGUCAUAUAUGAUAUGUAAUUAUGUAUACCCUUAAAACAGAUACGGUACAUAAUUAUUACCUGCAAUAAAAAUCUUAUUCCGAACUUGAAUGUUUUACUUAUUCAAAUC